CCUUGACUAUAUCACCCAACCAUGGACGUUACUUGGACGUGCCAGUCCUGCGCUGCCAUCUUUCACCGGUUGGACCAUUACAGACGGCAUGCAGCUACCCAUAGCUCCGAGAAGCCGUUCAAAUGUGGAUUCUGCGGCUCGCAAUACAAACGCGGGGAUGUCCUCCGUCGCCAUUGGAAAUCCUGCUCUGCUCGCAUUCACACCGGUCAGGCUGUUCCAGACCCGCGAAUAGGAGGCAAAGAGCGCCACGCAUGUGAUGCCUGCGCAAGACUGAAAAAAUGCUGUGAUGGAGGGCAGCCGUGCCUGGAGUGCUCCAGUCGGAAGAAGCAGUGCUCGUAUACUCGGCUCCGGCAUGGUGGAGGAAUCCCGCAGGUCGAGGGGAGCGAUUCCGCCCCGAACCAUGGCACGUCUCCUCCACAUUCAAUAUCUGAUCCGGAAUCGUCAACAUGGAGUCUCGGUCCGCAAACCUUUUACCCCCCAGCUCACACUCGCUGGAAGGUCACUGGAUUGGAGUCGGUGGAUUGAAACUGAGUAAUGCACUUAGGUGUGAAGGGAAAACGUUCAACUAAGAGGCGGUCUCUGUCCUGAAGUCAACAACAUUAAUAUUAGCUUGUUGGACAGAUCUGGCUGGACAGGGCUGUUUCACCAACAGAGGCAGUUGAUGCCAUGAAUUGACAGUACAUAUAAGGUAUGGGAAUAUGUGCCACGGCUGUCACUGUACAUACCUAUCCAAUCUCAAUGUACAUAUCAAGGCCUACAUUUCACUAUCCAUUUACGCAACCAUAUC